AUGACUAACACCAUGGUUAACUUCACCACACCUGAAGCAUCUACAAACUCCACAACUGAUUCCUAUGAAAUAAUCACCAGAAUAUGUGUGUCCAGCAUCAUUUUUCUGUUUGGUCUUCCUACUCACUCCUAUGUUAUAUGGCUCAUCAUCACAAGAUCAAGUGAAGUUGCAUCAGAGUUCCUCAACCUCAAUUUCUCAAUUUGUGAGAUUGUUCUUUGUCUGAAAAAUGUGUUUAAUCUGCUGGAAAUUCAGUAUUCAUGUUUCAAGACACUGACACAAGUUUUGCAAGGACUCAUCACUGGUCGUCCUCUGUUUCAUUGUCUGAUGUGUGUUGAGCGUUACCUGGCAGUGGUUCAUCCUGUAACCUUUCUGAAGUACAAACCUCUCAGAUACAGAGUCAUGUGCUCUGCUACUGUCUGGAUAAUAACUUGUGGCUCAUGUUUAUUCUGCUGGCUCAUUUUGAAGUCACUUACCACAAUCUUUUAUACAUGGUUCUUCUCACUACAGUUCAUCCUCUUCUUCUCCAUCCAGUUGUUUUGUCUUGUGGCUGUUCUCAGAGCUCUGAAACGGUCAGGACCAGGAGAGAGAGGGAGAGAGAAAGAGGAGAAAAACAGCAUAAAGAGAAGAGCAUUUCAUCUCAUUUUAAUAUCUACUGUUAGCUUGGCUGUUACAUAUGUUCCUUUUAUAAUUUCAGGAUUCACCGCAAUUUUUACACAACAGGAUUUUCCGCUUUAA